CACACGAACCACCAAACAAACGACAAUGAGCAGCAGCAGCAGCGGCAGCACCUGGUCCGCAGGGCUGUCGAGCGCGCUGACGGCCAUCUCGGCGUGGAACUCGCGCGUGUGGGAGCGGCUCGGGGCGCGCCUGCCCCGCCGACUGACGCGGGACCUGCUCGUCGGCCUCGCAGUGGGCAUCGCGCUCUCGCUCUCCUCGACGCAGGUGGCGCUCUUCUUCCAGAGCAAGAGGGCGGACAAGCGCCGCUUAGCGGCCGCGAAGGCGCUGCCACCGCGCCCGAUCGAGCUGCGCAGCGACGAGAUCGUGCCCGGCGUCUCGGGCCUCAUAGGCAACACGCCCCUCGUGCGCAUCAACUCGUUGUCGGACGCGCUCGGCGUCGAGAUCCUCGGCAAGUGCGAGUUUUUGAACCCUGGCGGGAGUGUCAAGGACCGCGUCGCGCUCAAGGUCAUCGAGGACGCCGAGGCGCGCGGACUGCUCCACCCCCACACUGGGAGCGUGCUCUUCGAGGGGACCGUCGGGUCGACGGGUAUCUCGCUCGCGACUGUCGGCAAGGCCAAGGGAUAUGAGGCACACAUUAUCAUGCCGAGCGACGUCGCGAUCGACAAGGUGCUCGUGCUGGAACGUCUCGGCGCGACUGUGGAGCGGGUACCACCAGUCAGCAUUGUCGACCAGAACCAGUUUGUCAACCUUGCCCGCCGCCGCGCACACGAGUUUGGAAACGUCGACCUGCCAACAAAGGGCAAGACGACCGAGGAAGACGUCGUCGUGUCGACGCAGGCGACGCGCGAAGACGUCUACGGCGCGCCGACAUUAGAGCACCGGACCGCAUACGACAGGAAGCCCCGCGGGUUCUUCGCCGACCAGUUUGAGAACGACGCCAACUACCAGGCGCACUACGAGGGCACGGGGCCGGAGAUUGCGCGCCAGACGGGCGGCCACGUCGACGCGUUCGUCAGCGGAGCCGGCACGGGCGGCACCAUCUCGGGCACGGGCGUGUAUCUCAAGGAAAACGUCCCCGGCAUCCAGGUGGUGCUUGCCGACCCCGAGGGCUCGGGGCUGUACAACAAGGUCCGGUACGGCGUCAUGUACGCGCCGCAGGAGAGCGAGGGGACCAAGCGGCGGUACCAGGUCGACACGGUCGUCGAGGGGAUCGGCAUCAACCGCAUCACGCACAACUUUGAGCUUGGCGAGGCGAUCAUCGACGACGCGUACAGGAUAACCGAUGUCGAGGCCGUCGCAAUGUCGCGCUACCUCGUGGCCCACGACGGCCUGUUCCUCGGCUCGUCGAGCGCAUGUAACCUCGUCGCGUCGAUCCGGCUAGCCAAGACGAUGCCCAAGGGCUCGCGGAUUGUCACCAUCCUGUGCGACUCUGGCGCGCGGCACCAGACAAAGUUCUGGUCAGACGAGUAUCUCGCCAACCACGGCAUUGCGAUUGACGCGGGUGUGAUUGAUAAGAUCUUGGAGGAGUAGCCGCCGUCACAUGCAUAAUCUAGUAC